UGGCAAACUGCGUUUUGAAAUUAGACGUUUAUUGACAUUUUAGAUCCACACGAAGACACAUAUUGAGAUAUUCGUGUGGACAAUGGAUAUUUGAACACGAGCAGAUGGAAACGAGCGUUAUUGUCGCUUCACGGUGCGGCCUACGUGACACCGCGGAGCGACAUCGUCGGCGCUCUUCGCCUUUUCCUUUUUGAGAAAGCGCCUCGGAGUUUUGGAAAUAGAGGAGGAGGGAGAAGCAGCUGAGCCGGGCGCCAGGGUUUGGGGGUCAGCAUCACUUUCGAAAGUUUGUCUCGGUCAUUCCGCGGAGUCACCGAACCGGCGACUGGCGUCGUUUGUUUACAUUCUGUCGCCCGGGCGCGUUUGCGUUUCGUCAGUUCUUCACGACACCGCGCGCUCCAGCUCCCCGGCUGGUGUCUAGAGACUCGUUCCGGUAAAUAGAAUGUUACCGAGCCAGGUCGGAUCGGCACCAUCUGGAAACGGGUCGGCUUCGGGCAGGGCAACCACGGGACACGGUUCGGGGGUCGUCGGGAGCGGGGUCCGUCCCGUGUUGGUCCGAGCAGGGCAAGCUCUACCGGGGGUCGGCGGGAGCGCCGUCGGGCGACAGGGGGAAAGAGGCGCCAUCGGGAUGCUGGGGGCUAAUGGUCCAGGGGGUCCCAGGGGCGCACGGCCGGGGAACGGGGCCGGGGUGACCUCUCUACAGACCGCCGUCCAGGGGAACAUGCUGGGGUUGCUCGGAGCUCGCUUCGACCCGGACAGGGAAAGCGCGCCGCUGUGCAGCGGCUCGGACAACGACUCGGACUCCGCGGACGACGACGACCCCGUGGGUUCACUCGGGGACAGCCGCAGAGGGGUGAAGCGGGAGCGAGGGGAGAUGGAGGGCGCCGUGACGGGACAGGAGGUGGGAGUACCGACCGGAGGCUACGGCAUGGUGCCCGGCGGGGUCGCGGGGGCCAAGCCCGGCAAGAAGACACGUGGACGCGUAAAGAUCAAGAUGGAAUUUAUUGACAACAAGUUGAGACGCUACACGACGUUCAGCAAGAGGAAGACGGGGAUCAUGAAGAAGGCCUAUGAGCUCUCCACCCUGACGGGAACCCAGGUUCUGUUGCUUGUGGCCAGUGAAACGGGUCACGUUUACACUUUUGCCACACGCAAACUCCAGCCAAUGAUCACCAGUGAAACGGGCAAAGCCCUGAUCCAAACAUGCCUCAACUCGCCGGACUCGCCACCGCGAUCCGACCCCUCCACGGACCAGCGCAUGAGUGCCACCGGCUUCGAGGAGACGGACCUCACCUACCAGGUGUCUGAGUCGGAGAGCAUGGGCGACACAAAGCCCACUCACCAACACAUCCUGCUCUGCUGCUCAAUGGAUGCUCACAUUCGUGUGUGCUGUGAUGCUCCAGCUCACCUCCUUAAGGACACACUGAAGCCGGCAUUCACGGUAGCCAGCCUCCCAGGCUCUACCAGCCAGUCCACUGUACCCACCACCUCCACCACCAUGCAGGUGAGCAGCGGACCUUCGUUUCCCGUCACCAACUACCUGGCACCCGUCUCGGCCGGCAGCAAUAUCGGCGGCAACAGUACCGUCCUCAAGGCCGCCGGCGCCUCCACGGGGGUCAUGCAGCUGCCCAGUGGCUUCACCUUCAUGCCCGCAGGCACACCUCUCCCCCCCGGCACCCCCACCAUUCCUCUGAGCCAGCUGCAGCAGCACUCCCUGGCCCUCCAGGGGCAGCAUGGUCAGGCCCUGGCCGCCGCCCAGCAGCCCCAGCAGGGACAGCAGGCUGUCUUCCGCUUCCCUGCUGCUGUCUCCCUCGCAGGAGCAGGCAUUCCCCAGCAGCUUCAGGCGAUCCAGGUCCACAACACCCAGUCCAGCGACAACAGCUCCGAGAUCUCCCACACCUCCACAAACUCCACCGCAACGGUGAGUCUCCCAGCAACCAUCGUCACCUCGUCAAUCCCCACGUCCGUGGCGGGUCACAUGAUGUACCCGAGCUCCCACACGGUAAUGUACGCCUCCACGCCAGGGCUGACCGACGGGGGGCUAGCUGUGCUCAACGCCUUCUCCCAGGGCACCUCGGCCAUGCAGGUGUCCCACGCACAGGCUCAGGACGCAGGUGGUGUCCCUCAGGUGUUCCUCACAGCACCUCCCGGCACGGUGCAGAUCCCCGUCUCAGCGGUGCAGCUACACCCAGUACGGCAAGAUCUGCAUUUUACAAAUGGUGAUUGGUCAGCAGUCGAGCAGCAGCAGCAGUAACUUGACGGAGCUCCAGGUGGUGAACCUGGACGCAGCACAGAGCUCGAAGAGCGACUGACGGACGGCUGGAGACCCAGGAACACACACAGACAGACAUCUCUAUUUAUUGAUGCCUUCCUACGGUUUCACAUCACACUUCUGAAUGUGACUUUUCAGUAUAUAUAUAUAUAUAUAUAUAUAUACACACACACACACACACACACAAACAAUCAAGGGCAUAUGUGUGGCUGACCCUUAUACGGUAUGUUUUGGUAUAUAAAUAUAUAUAUAUUCGCAGAUGCAUAGAAAAUGUGUCACUACGCCCAUCAUCGAGCGGAACUUGUUUUUUAAUCCCGUUUGAUGGUGUCAUUUUGUGUGUGCGUGUGUUGUUUUUUCUUUGAAAAAAGUGUAAUUACGUGUACACACUGCGAGGUGCCACAGCUUCACACCAGCCAAAGAGACAUUUUGUUUGUCUGAAUGUUCCAGUGUGAGCAAUUUGUGCACAAGUGUGUGUGUGUGUGUGUGUCUGUGUGCGCGUGUGCAUAUCUGGGGUUUGUAAAUGGGCGGGGAGACUCUUGUUGACUUUGAAAAAAAAUAAAAUAAAAAAAAGAGGGAGGCAUUUGGAAAUGUACAUAAUUAUUAUUUUUUUUAAAUGAUAACCUGUAUUUUUAGCCUGGUUUAGUUUGUGCAACAGCAUGUAGUUGUUUUUUACGUAGUGUUUUUUUGUAUGUACAUGAAAACGAUUUGCAUAAAGAAAAUGAAUUAUUUACAUGAAUAUGUAAAUUAAUUUAAUAUACCAUUUAUGUUAUGCUGUUGGAAAUUUUCACUGCAAGAUGGAGAAAGAACGCUGGAUGUCUUUCUACUUUUUUUUUUCCUUCUGUUGUGACACAAUUCUCUUUACCAGCAUCAACUACCUGCAUCGCAAAAUGUAAAUCAUAAGAUAUGAAUGAUUUAGUGUAAACAUAUUCUUUGCAAGCACUGAUGGAAUCAGUUUUGCAUGCAAUGCUUCCUAACCGCUCCGUGAUCUUUCACUUUUGAGUGUAGAGAUUAUUCAGAUUCUGACAAUCUGAUGGAAUAUAAAUUCCAUUCAUAUCAAAUUUUAACCAUAAAGCUACAUCUAUAUUUUUCAUCAGCGUCCACACACAAAUGUGAACACAAUUCAUAACCAUCACAUAGCUCAGGUGACCUCAGACUGAAUUUGUUCACUCAUUGUGUGAUUUGAUUCUCUGGAUAAAAACCAGAGAGCAGAACAGGUUUUUAUGAUAUCUGAAAAAUAAUUGAACUUUUCUUAAAAAAAAAAAAUAGGUAAAAAAUAGUUAAACUGUUACACUGAUUUGCCUUCACCAAUCUGCAGAACUUUUGUUAUGUGAUAGUCUCAUGUUAAACAAGACGCCGAAUACAGACUUUGAAAUCCCACUUAAUGUUUCCUUGUAUGGAAACACUCGGCUGUUGUUCAGCUCAGUCUCGGUGCUGUAAUAUUACAACAGUAUUGACUACUUUUUAUGAGGACAAAGAUCUCGUCAUCUGGUCAAGUGACUUUAGGUGUUUCAAAAUACUUGUAUACUCCUUUAACUAGAACUGUAAGACCCUCACUGACUGCAACCUCAGUGUGAACUAGAGCAAUUAUAAAGAAUGAGUUAUUCGACUGAGAGCCGCCUUUCUGCACCGCUGUGCCUCUUUUCCAUGGCUGACUCCUAAAUCUCAGCAGGGCAAGGAAAAUGUAGGAUUUACUCCUUUUUUCCCCCCCCAGACCACCUCACAUGACUUUGGACCUGUCAUAAAACCCUCAGCUGUGCCCGUGGGGUGAGAUUUUCUUUUUUUGACUCAUUUCUACAGUUAGCCGGAUGACCUGGCAUGGCGGGCUCGGAGCCAAAGAGAGUCUGACGGAGGAUGAAGUGCCCCGUGCUGACUGCUGUUCACUUAUUCACUAGCAGAGCGAGGUCACUUUCACGCUCGAUGUUCUCCGCUCUGUUGUCGUGUCAUCCCGCGGUGCUGUUUGAACAGGGAACCGCUCAAAAUCUCCCACUUUCAUCUGGUGGUUAUUAGAAACACUUUCAAAAGGAGAUUAUUGAGCCUCGUCGUUGACAGAAAUGGAUAUUUUGUGUCUUUUUUGUUUUGUUGUACAGACAUUUUGUAAUAGUAACAAGAUGAAACAAUGGAGUGUUGAGAGAACGACCACAUAUCCUGCUGAAGACCUUUAUCUUUUUUUUUUUAUUAGGACGGAGUAUGUUAAACAAACCACAUUGUCCUGAAUGAAACCUAAGUCAAUGUAUAACAGCAGUGAUGAACUGAAGACAGCUGAUGAGGAAUAAAUGAACAGUGCAGUGA